CAGCCAAAAAUAAACAAAUAUAUUUUAAAAUUUUUUUAAUAAAUAAAUAAUAAAAUAAGAUAUAAUAAAAUGCAGGGGUGGGAUUGAAAGUGUGGGUCAUGAUUGAGAAGAUGCAACCACCCAGGCUUCUGGGCUGCAGCAUCCAGCAUCCCCUGUAGUGGGUGUUAAACUAUGUUUCUACACCUACUAAGGUACAUCUCCACGCCCCACCCCCAGGAAGUCCGUGGCUUUCAUCAGGCCCUCAAAGGAUUCGUGACUCUGAAAAUACUAAAAUCAUCGCCAUAGAAAAGAAGCGGUCAGUUAGGAUUCCUCGGGCCACCUAAUCUCCCCGCCCCAACCCCAGUCACCAGGUUGGUGACACAGCUCCUCGGUACCUCCUUUUGCUGGGAACCCACAAAGCCCAGGCGGAUACUGACCCAACCCAGGAUGGGAAAAUUGCGGUGGGACCAGGGAGACAGGGCAUCGGUCCCCAGAAUGGGAGGGCGGGUCACGACUCCCUUCACCCCGCCCCCGUCCCGCCCUGCCCCGCCCCGCCCUAAUUUCGUAGCGUGUGGGCUGGGAGGAACCUCUUUAGUCCAUCUGAUUGGGCAAACUCCCAAGGCCAGACGAAGCGAGCCGGGAGAAGGAAGACGGUGGGAGGUGAAUGGCGAGGGGCGGGGCUUGAGCUUGUGCCCGCCAGCCCUCCAGCCCAGGAAUAGGUCGGGCUCCCCCUGGCGGCCCCCGGCCCCCGCUCCACGCCUCCGGCGUUCGGUGUCCUCAAUUCUCCACCCCACCUAGCACAGGUCGGCCUCCGCGGGCCGAUUGACACACAGAAGGACCGGAGGACGGCCCUCCGCGAGCGCCCGGGCAGCAGGAGGGGGCGGGGAGGCGAGGACUGCGGCUUGAUGAGCAGGAGCAGGUGCCGCGGCGAGGAGCGCGGGGUGGGGGCAGGGACGGAGCGGCGGGCGGGGUCGCUGCGCCGGCGUGCGUGCUGCCGGCGCGGAGCCGGGAGGCCGCGGCUUAGAGUGGGCCCCGCCAGCCAGGUCGCGCUGGGGGCGAGGGGAUCAGGAGUGGAGCUGGGUGGAGUGGUGACUCUGGAGGGCGGAGGAUCCCAAGGAGACAGAGAGGACGAGAGCUAGAGGGAGAUCGGAGAGCGGCGAGAGCGCUACGGAGGGUGGGUUAGGAAAGAGGUACCUGGAGGUGAGACGGUAUGAAACUGGAGCUUGGAGGGGAGCCCGGGGCCGAAAUGGGUGAGGCGGGAAACACGGUGCGGGUUGUAUGGGGUGUGGUCGGUUGGUAAGAUCCGGAGGUGUGACGUUCCCAGGUGGGAGAGGUGGGUUGAGAAAGAAGGCUGAGUGGGGAGAAGGGUCCUAGGGAGACGCCCAGGGGUGGUCAGCGAGUGGAGGAGAGCUGAGCUGGGAUCCAGAGCCAGGUGGGGAACAGGCAGAGUAGGGGGUUCAGUAGGCAGUGGGCAGGUGGGCUGAGGUGUGAGGCUGGUAUAAAGUGAAGGAGGGGCCAGGUGGAGCUGAGGAUGAGUCUAGCUGGGGAGGCAUCUCAGAAGUGAGGCCGGUGCAGACUUAGGGUGGUCCCAGGGCAGAAACCCCAAAGUAGGUUGAAGCCUCAGUCAGGUGGUUGCUCCUCCCCCAUGGGGGAGACCUCUCCCUGGUGGUCGCUGGAGCCAUGCUGUCCCGCAAAGGCAUCAUCCCUGAGGAGUAUGUGCUGACGCGGCUAGCAGAGGACCCGACAGAGCCCCGGUACCGUGCCCGUGAGCGGAGAGCCCGUUUCGUGUCCAAGAAUGGCAACUGCAACGUGGCCCACAAGAACAUCCGGGAGCAAGGUCGCUUCCUGCAGGACGUGUUCACCACGCUGGUGGACCUCAAGUGGCCAUACACGCUGCUCAUCUUCACCAUGUCCUUCCUGUGCAGCUGGCUGCUCUUUGCCAUGGUCUGGUGGCUCAUCGCCUUCGCCCACGGUGACCUGGCCCCUGGUGAGGGUGCUGCUGUGCCCUGCGUCACCAGCAUCCACUCCUUUUCAUCUGCCUUCCUUUUCUCCAUUGAGGUGCAGGUGACCAUCGGUUUCGGCGGGCGCAUGGUGACCGAGGAGUGCCCUCUGGCCAUCCUGAUCCUCAUUGUGCAGAACAUCGUGGGGCUCAUGAUCAAUGCCAUCAUGCUGGGCUGCAUCUUCAUGAAGACGGCCCAGGCCCACCGGCGGGCUGAGACCCUCAUCUUCAGCAAGCAUGCGGUCAUCGCCCUGCGCCACAGCCGCCUCUGCUUCAUGCUGCGCGUAGGCGACCUCCGCAAGAGCAUGAUCAUCAGCGCCACCAUCCACAUGCAGGUGGUGCGCAAGACCACCAGCCCUGAGGGCGAGGUGGUACCCCUCCACCAGGUGGACAUCCCCAUGGAGAAUGGUGUGGGUGGCAAUAACAUCUUCCUGGUGGCUCCCCUCAUCAUCUACCACGUCAUUGACGCCAACAGCCCGCUCUAUGACCUGGCGCCCUGCGACCUGCACCACCAUCAGGACCUUGAGAUCAUCGUCAUCCUGGAAGGUGUGGUGGAAACCACGGGCAUCACCACCCAGGCCCGCACCUCUUACCUGGCCGACGAGAUCCUGUGGGGCCAGCGCUUUGUACCCAUCGUGGCCGAGGAGGAUGGCCGCUACUCUGUGGACUACUCCAAGUUUGGCAAUACCAUCAAAGUGCCCACGCCGCUCUGCACGGCCCGCCAGCUGGAUGAGGACCCCAGCCUGCUGGAUGUCCUGACCCUCGCCCGCGGGCCCCUGCGCAAGCGCAGCGUGGCCGUGGCCAAGGCCAAGGCCAAGUUCAGCAUCUCUCCAGAUUCCCUGUCCUGAGCCCUGCUCCCUUGGGCCCCCUUCCUCAUGUGCGUGCAGGCCAGUGUGGCAUGGUAUGUAGACUGGACGUAGUGCGGGCCCCUCGGCCAGGCCAGGACCUGUUAAGAGGCUGGGCCCUCCUCAUCUCAACCUCCCUGCCUGCUGCUCGCCCAGGGUGUUGCAAGGCACUUGUCGCUACUCUAUUUCUGGCCUCAGCAGGAGCCUGUACCGGGUUAUUUUUGUCCCUGCUCCUCCCGGCCCCAACUCAGGACUGGCUUUCCCCCCGACCCUGCCCCAGGCUAGGGGAGCUGUGGGAAGUGUCAGGCCCUAAAGCUGGGACUCCAUCUAGUCCUCGGCCCCCACGACCGACCGGCUGCAAGCUGGAUGGGUGGCUGGGGAAGAACAGUCCCCAGAUGGGAGGCCUGCUGCUCUGUUUCUGUGGCCCUGAGAGAUGCCUGUGCUGAGGCCCCAGCCCCUACUUGGUCCCUGAAAAGGUGAUGGCCAAAAGGGUGGGCCUGGCCUGCUGGGGAGGGCAGGCAAUGAGGGAACACAGUCUAGCUGGAGGGCUGGAGAUGUGGAGCCUCCCUGGGGCGGGCUUGGCAGAGAGGAAAUGGCACCGGGAGGCUUACCUUGCUGAGCCCUGCCCAGGCACGGGGAAGGGGAGACGGGCCCCUUACCCCUGACCCCAAGGCUUCUUCAGCGGGGGCUCCAGGGGCUGGGGCUGCUGCACCUGCCUACUUCCAUUCUGUCCCCGGCCCUGGGAGGCUGGAGUGGGCUGGGGUGGACCCUGGCAUGCCAAGCUGAAAGAGGCUGGGGAGAGACUGGGGUCCUGGGCCCACCACGCUUGGCAGGCCUCAGACUGUACCCUGGCCUGGCUCCCCCCCACCCAGUGGCUGCCACUCACUUUGUCCAGAGGGUGGCCAUGGAGGGCCUUUGGGUUGCUAGAAAAGGAGAUGUUGGAAAGCUCAGGAUGGAGUGGGUGUGUGAGGUCCCUGAGGCACAAAGGCCCUUGGUCCUGACAGGCUUGACCCCCAAGCCGGACUCUUGGAGCAGUGCUGUGUGUACUUGCCCAGAAUUCUGCCUUCUCCAUUGUCAAUAAAGCCUCCCCCUUCAUGACCUAAACUCUGGGCUGUUCUUGCUGGUGGGCAGGGAGAGCAGGGGCUGGCAGCUGCCAGCCUACAUCUCAGAGGCGCCAUGGACCCCAGCUGGGAGGCCAGGAAAGGGACCUGGGGCUGGCCCUCUUCCCCUAGUUCAGAGACUUCCCCUUCCUGCCUUUGGUAGCCCAGCCCUACAAGACCGUCUGACCGUCUCCGUUGGGCACCCAUCAGGCUUAUAGCCCUGAGCCCUGCCUCCACUCCCAGGGGGCUGAUGGAAGGCCGAGGGGCUCAGGAGAGAGGCGGGUAUGUCACAGGCAUUAGUGUGGCAAUUGGAGCGUUAGCUCUCAAAACAGUUGCUUGAGUUCUAAGACCUUGGUCACAUAACUUAACCUCUCUGUGCCUCAGUUGCCUCAUCUAUAAAGUGGGGAUACUACAAGUACCUACCUCAUAGAAUUGUUGGAGUAAGUGAAAAGCGUUAUGUCAAAUGCUUGAGUGCCUCGUCCAUAAGUGCUCAAUAAAUGUUAACUGUUGA